AUGGCCGCCUGCGGCCGCCUUGAGGAGGGCGCCGAGCGGCUGCGUGGGCGACGGGCUGCUGAGUUGGUCUUCCAGACCGUGUCGGCGCUCCUCACUUCAGAGUCGGGCCUGGGCGCAUCGAUGCUCCUGUCCUUCGACGAACUGGAAGGACUGACUCUCAUGGGCAAGGCGGCUUGCCACGUGGAGGAGGAUGCCGUGGUCGGCGCUGUGCGCAGCUUCCGCGAAGUCACUCGACGCUUCGCUGCGUCCGCGCGCCAGAGAGAACGCACAGGAAACAUGAUGAGAAGCCUUGAGGGCUUUCGGGAGACUUUCUGCAGGCGACUGACGGACUUGGCUGUGCGAAGUGAGCGGCGCAUGUUGGUUGUGCGAUUUAAGGAGGUUGUGAAUGAACUCGGGGGCAUCCUCUCAGAGGCUUACUCGAAGAGUCAGGUGGUCGACAUCCUUUCCGGCCUGUCUCUUCAGCUUACCUCAGAGCUGGUGGUGCAGUGCCCUGGCAUUCCCGAUGCAGAUGGCAUAGAAGCGCUCGACUGGCUUACCAAUGUCCUCCGCACAUUGUUGGAGCGUGGCAGCGCAGGUGCUUCUCCUGACAGCAUCCGCGAUUGGCUGGAGACCACAGGCUUCUUCGCACGGCUUGCAUCGCUUGGCGCGUGCCGUGUGCAGCAGCGUGCAGCUGGUCUCCUUGUGGUUCUCCUGCAACGACGAGUCCUCGCACCUGCAGAGCUCGUGAGUGCCCUGGCCAAGGCCGGUGCUCUGUCACCUGCUUCUUCCAUCCCGGCCACAUGCCGCCUUGCGCUUCAAGGCGCGUUGGCCUCGGCUUCGGCUAACUUGCCAGUGCAGGCAACCCUUGACUUGAUCGACAGCCUUUGCGGUCUGUGGCCUUUCUCCGCCCUGGCGCUGGAAGGCGUCGACCUUCUGGUGCAGCUCACGCAUGUAGCCCUGGCUGCGGGCGAUGAUCCAAACAGCACAGACGCUAGUUCCCUGAACCGCUCCCUAGCCAUCAUGUACCUGCUCCGUUUCUUGCAGUGGGGACACAGACAGGAGGAUGCAGACCGAACAGAGGCUUUGGCCUUUGCACUGCGCUCACUCAGAGCUCUGCUCUCGCACGCGGGUCUCCGGCCUCUGCUGCCGCUGAUGACUGCGGAGGCGCUGUCCCUCGCUUUAGAGCCCGGUGGAGGGGCCGUGGCACCAGCUGCGGCAGCAAGGUGUAGCCGCGUCCUUGGUCGCCUGGCUGCAGACACUGCCUCGACGGUGCGGGGCGAUUUCAGGAUCGAGGCCUCGGCUUGGAAGCUCCUCCUCCAAACCAUGCCACCUGUCGGUGCUGCAGUGCCUUUCGACGGGGAGCAUGCAGAGUACUGGCUCGCUGCCUUUGUGGACGCCCUUUCUACAUUCCUUGCUGCAAAGGACGUGGAGAUCGGAUCGCAGGAGGUUGGCAUUCUCUGGAGCCGCCUUGUGGUGCGACCCAUCCUCGGCCUUCCCGUCAGCUUCGGGGCACUGCAGUACUUCAAGCUCGCGUUCGCCGCCCGAGGCCCCGCAUCUGUUCUGCUUCUGGCUCCGUAUUUGGCUGCGCCACACCCACCUACAGAAGUGAAGAUGGCUUACAUCUCAAUUUUCUGCCCCAGCUCAUUUCAGGAUGCUCCACCACUUAAUGUGAGCUUUUUCUUCCCAGAGGCACGAAGGUUCCGGGAGGAGGCGAGUCUCGUGGCCCACUCCCCGCCAAGACUGCCGCCUCCGCUCCGCCGGUCUUUCAGCUCGGAUGAUUCCUUUUGGCCCGAGAUCGGCGCGCACUCCUCACUCAAUGCCCUGGCACAGGCAGCCGCAACAGCUAAUGUCGACCUGCCGGAAACAUCCGCUUCCGUACCGAGGCUACGACUUGACCGUGUGCAGGCCGUGUUACCCAAUCCGCAAGGUACCAGCCUUUUCGGUGAGCUGACAGUCUACGAUGCUACAGAGCGCCGGCUGUGGGACGAGUUCGACGAGCUGGGCUCCAUCGAAGAUGCGGAGGCUCUUCGCCAGCGCGAUGCUGCGGCCUUUCGAUGCCUUGCUGUUUUGGACAAAGAAAUCGAUGCCGCAGGCCGUGCCGGCCGUGAACUGCCUUCAGCUUUGGCAGAGGCCAGGGCGAAGUUCUCGAGCCUCUGUGAGCUCGCAGAUGGUGCUGCUGCAGCGAUGGCGCGGCGCAUUGGCACUGCUGAGUUGGCCUUCACUAGUGCAGAGGAGGAGUUUAUCGAGGCUUCCUCGGUGCACCGGCGUGUCAGAGCUCGCUGCCGGCGUCAGGGAGAGCCUUCGCCUUCGACCCAGGCCUUGACUGCUGCGCGGUCGAAGUUAGAUCAAGCUCACCUCGCGCUCGUCGCAGAGAUGCGCCUGGCUGCGCAGUGGGCGCAACUGGGCCUCGUGGAGAUCACCAGCAUUGCUGGCUUCGCCCGUGCUCUGCGUGCCGCUGGCCCAACCCAUGCAGAUCCACUCUUGGAAAGGCUUCUGCAUCACAGCCGCUGGUGUGCGAAGCAGGCAGAGAACGAUCUGCGAGCUGCGUCUUCUCCCAGCUCUCCGAUUCGAUUGGUCAAGGAAAAGCCUUCGGCCGCCGCACUGGACAACAUGGAUGCCGAGACGCUGCUACAGCGUGCCGAGUUGCGCGUCGAUGCCUUCGCUGGCUUCGACACCACCCCGCUGGGCAACGGAAUCCGCACUGUGGUCGCCCGAAAAAAGACCGCACCUGCCGAGGCUGUGGUUUUGAAGGCGUAUCCAGAAGCAGAGCGAGACCUUUGCCUCCGAGAACUUCAGGCGCUCCUGAAGCUGCGAGGUCACCCGCAGGUCUUGUCGCUCAUGGACGUCUUCAAAUCGGCAGGCUGCACCUACCUGCAACUUCCUCACUGUCCAGCAGGGACGCUUGAACAGUGGUGUGCUAAGCAUGGAGAUGCAUUGCAGCGAGGACGUGAUGCAGAUGUGUUCGUGCGGGGGCAAAGCAUUUGGAGGCAGACUUGGCAGGCCGUCGGCCAACUUCAUGUUGCCGGUGUCUGCCACGGAGAUCUGACGCUGCAGAACGUGUUGCUGUGGGCUGAUCUGCGACCGGCGCUGGCGGAUUUCAGGAGGUGUGCUCUCCAAGUCCCGGGGGCGGAGGAGCGGUGGCCGGCUCCGACGGCGGACUAUGCGGCACCAGAGCUGGAGGCAGAUCCUUUGACAGUGCCCACCAAGCCCGCUGACGUCUACAGUGCUGGCGUGGCCAUGGCCAAGACCUUCCUUGGCCUGGAGCUUCAGGUCUCUUCUUGUCCAUAUCAUCCAACUCGGGGACACCGCUCUUUGCCCGAAGAGCGUACCGAUGCAGACUUGGCAGACCUCUUGCAGCUACUGCUCGCUGAGAAGCCUUCAACGAGGCCUUCCGCAACAUCCGCAUCCAGCCACCGAGCCCUGGAACCCCUGGGCUUUCUGCGACGCCGAGGACUCUUAGGCUCCUCAGGAAGCGCGCCCCAGAGCUUCCUCAGCUCUGCCGAGUUGCUUCGAGAGGAGUUCCGUGGGAAGCGCGUCGAAGAACCUCUGAUGCUCUCCCGCGAGACGGUGUUCGACGACAUCGCCGGGUCCAAGGUGGGCGAAUGGCGAGAAGAAGCACUCCUGGGUGAAUGGCGCGUCAUGCUCAGCGACGAAAGUGGCGUUGAUGGUGGUGGGCUGCGGAGAGAGGUCGUGACGCUUUUCUUUGAGCAGCUGGAGAGCAGCAGUCUUGUCUUGAAAGCCGGCAUGGAUGGCUCUGAGGUACUGACCCUCUUCGUAAACGACCGUCAACGCGCCCAGCAGAGCGUGCAGCAGUGGAGACAGACGUGGACCACAGUCGGUGCAAUGCUUCUCCGUGCGCUCGUCCACUUUGGAAAUGCACCCCUCGGCCUGAGCAGUGCCGUCUUUGAUUGCGCUCUCGGAAGGUUGCCACAGCUGCCACCCGACGACCUCGGCGCAGGUGUCGAGGAGGAUGUUGGAAAGAGUAUCGACCGCAUGAUCGCGAGGAGAGAUGCCGAGGGCGAUGAUUGGGCUCUCAGUCAGCUAUCCGACCUUCUCCGGCGACUUCGUCGAGCAGACCCUCAGAAAGAGGCCGGAUACCGCUGGAUGCUGGCGCAACGCGUGCAGGAGCCGAUGGAUGGUCGUUCUGUGGUGUCCGCGCUGUCCACGGAAAGUUUCGAGACCGUGGAGGCCAUGCUGGAGCCGGCGGCUUACGGUUUGCUUGCUCGGCUCGCUUCACCAUCAUCGGAGGGCAAGCUCCUGCUCGACGGUGCCGCCUUCGAGUGGGUGCUCCUUUGGGAUCUCUACCUCAAGUAUCUCGGGGGUGGAGACAGGUGGUUGGCUUACCAAGCUUUGGCCGCUGGCUUUACUACACAGGGGCGGCGGACAGCAAUGUGGUCUUCAAUGACAGGGGAGCAGAUCGUGGAGCUGCUGGAAGGCGUUCCGUUGACCCCGGAGGCUGUGUUGCCGAACCUGGAAUUCAAACCUGGGUAUGGCUACGAGACGCAGAUUCAAUACUUCACGGCGGUCCUGGGUUCGUUUUCGGCCGAGGAGCUGUCCAUGUUCCUUCGUUUUGCCACCGGCAUUGGCCGGCUUCCCGCCAGCCGUCGCUUUCCUGCGGGGCAGAAGUUGGCUAUCCGGUUCAUGCCCACAGACAACCUGGACCAGUUGCCAUCGGCUCACACCUGCUUCUGGGUCGUGGACGUCCCGCCAUACGAGGACCAAGAGGACAUGGGCAGGAAGCUGCGUGUGGCCAUCGCUGCGCCUCAGCCCUUUGCCCUGAGCUGA